CCUGUCCGCGGUCUGCCGCUCCCGAUCUCGGCUGCUUCAGUCUGAUGAAGAUGGCCGCCGUGUGCUCUCCGCUCCGUGUGUGUCGCGGGAUCCUGAAGGAGAUCCGCUCCGCCAAGGGCUCCGGUUACCGACUCUCUCCCGUUUACCAGUAUGUGCUGCAGCAGUUCCGGAGAAACCAGGUGACGGGCGCUCAGCUCUGCCGUGCUCAGAUGGAGUCUCUGCACGCAGCGGUCUCCUACAGGUGUCUGCUGUCCUCCACACGCCUCCACCUGCGCCUCCACCUGCAGUAUCACGCACGCGGGGAACACACACCACAGCAGGCCGCUGCGCUCGUGGGGCUGCGCAUGCCCAACCAACCCGGCGGCAAGGGCUGGGAGACAUGAGCUGAUGAGCAGAACUGUGUGUGUGUGCGCGUGCGUGUG